AUGUCGGGGGAUUUCGAUAUCUAUAUUCCAGACAACCUGUCAUUUCAGGACUACAUUGCCAUCGUCCAGACGGCACGAGUCUGGGCCGAUGGAUAUGAUCGCAAGAGCUUCCCCCGCCUUAUCGCUGCUCUUGCCCCGGAAGUCAUUGUCGACUACACAUUGAUUGUCGCUGAAUGGGGAGAAAAGGCAUAUACUGCCCAUGAAUUUGCGACAGAAUGGUUGUCAGCUGAGCAUCUGGGCUUAAAGCCGUUGGCCACACAACAUCUCCUCGCUCAACCGUAUUUCAAGUCUGUGAAGGCGGAUGAGAUUGUGGUGGAAUGGCAACAGCUGGCUAGUCACGGUCGCCGCGGGAAUGAACGUCUAGAUACAUCGGGGACAAUCACGGAGACCAGUGAUGGCCGCAGCUAUAUGGAACACCGGUUUGUUAGAGUUGGUGGCAAGUGGAAGAUUGCGCGUAUUACGCCGUCACUGAUUUAUCAGACGGGAGAUUUCAUGCGUAUUCGUCGACCAGAGGGGGGUGAUUGA